AUACGGUCAAUGAGUGCUAGAUCUCCGCUCCGAAGACGGAAGUGAUCGCUUCCCGCUUCACAUCAUUUUCCAUCUCAUCUCUUCUUCGUACAUCACGACCAUGAUCUGCAACUCUUGCUUAUAGUAAUUCAAUUUUUGUACUUUUUUUUUUUGCUCUAGUUUCAACUGCUUGUUCACGGCAAGAAAAUGGUAGUGUUUGUCGACUUAGACGAUGAUGCUUUCAGCAGCCAGCAUCAUCUUCCCGGAGGUCCCGAAGAUGUCUUGCUCCAGAGCUAUCUCAUCAGGCCUGAGAAGGCAUCAUUAAUACCGUCUUCGAAGCAAAUGAACAGUUCUACUACAGAUGAAAGCCCUGUCGAUUCAUCCGAUGGCCAUCUCUCGACAAACCGGUGUUCCAACCAGACUACCUUUUCAGCUGCCUUGAGCUGCUAUCCAAUUGUCGAAGAGUUAGCUCGAUGCGUGGACCUGAAUACGCUGCAUGCCCUCUCACAGACCUGUCGCCAAUUCCAUAUGAACCUAACGCCGUAUCGACAACAACUCACCAAGCGGACCCUGCGUUGCGAGAAUGAAUAUUUUGAGACCUUAUCGGAUAUGUUAAAUAGCGGUGCUGCCAUUCCGGAUAGCGUCAAAUCCGUUAUUCAACUCCUUAGCCAGGGUACCGGACAGUCCGGGAGAAUGACUCGAGGGAAGGUUAGCAAAUGUGCAAGAGAUAUGAAUUGCACAAUAAAAACUCCGACAAACGCCAUGCUCAAGAACCGCAUUCGUCGACUAUGCACCACUUGUCACACUGUUCCAAUUUCCCAGCACAUAGCAUACUUUCCUACGCCACCAAACAUGCAUUCGCAAGAAACAGUUUCGUCAUUUGACCUUUCGAGCUUCACCGCACCGGCAUUUAUGCGUACACCAUGCUCAUGUGGAGAUGCCGUCUGGCUUUGCUACCAAUGUGGACAUACCAUCCGGAGAGAGGACACCACUUAUCGCCGGGUGUGGACCUGGCGUACCCGAUACAGUACCCAUCUGGGCGGGUUAGGAACGGGAAUUGGUGAAGGUUGUCAGGGUGUCAAGUGCGGUCGAGGGGAGAGCUGUCUGGCGGCUCAGGAAAUUGAACUUGAGGUGGUCAGUGAAGCAGAUGAUGAUCCGGAUGGGCUCCAUAACCACGGGCUUCUACAACAUGCCGGUGAUAAUAGUAUGUCGACCCUGGACGACGAAGAGCCGGGUUACUUUCGCCAGGAGAUUGUUGGAAUCGGAGGGAGGUUUAAGCAGAAGGUCAAGAAAAGGGUUAUGGUGGGAGCUUGCGUUCCUGAGUAUGAGGAUGAGCGUGAUACUGGACGAUAUCUGGAUCGAGAAGAGGAGGGUAAGUAUCGAGGUUGGUGUGGGUGGUGUUGGAGAGUGAUUCUAGCUAAGAAUGAGACUAUAGAUAAUUAUAACGCUUAAUAGGUUGGUAGAGUGCAUAUAUAAUUCAAUCGCUUUCAUUUACUACCUUCAUAUUCUUUCAGGUCCCUUAUUUUUGUGUGCUGACUGAUUGUUGAUUCGCCCCGCUCCACCCGGGCAAUCACUGCGGGGCUGGACACCAACUGAGUGUCAACGCUGUCAAAUCACUCUCU